AUGCAAAGAGCAGGUGAACCUAUGCAGUCCAUAUGCAAAGUAGGAUGCGAAGCCGACUGGUCACAUAUGCUGUAUCUGUGAUGUCAUCUACCGGAAGAUGCAGGUUCAGUGCGCUGACUGUAUUCCAGUGAAAAGCUUGUCGUAAUAAAAUAAAUGGGAGCGAAGCGAUAGCAUUACUUAUCUCCAUGGAGCGCCACAUAAUGCGCCAUCCCUCAAACAACUCGUUUUAGGGAAAAUGGUGCCCAGUUCAACGACUGGCUAAUAACAUACAGCCUAUUUUUUUUUCUCCAUUACAAUACUGAUAGCAUCAAUCGACCUUGCUGGUGUGGCCAUGAAUCCGGCGGAACAAACGGUUACUUGGCUCAUUACGCUCGGGGUUUUGGAAUCACCAAAAAAGACCAUUUCGGACCCUGAUGGAUUUCUGCACUCUUCGCUAAAGGAUGGGGUCGUCCUGUGCAGGUUGCUGGAGCGGCUGCGUCCAGGCACUACUGAUAAAAUCUAUCAGGAUCCCAAGAACGACAGCGAGUGCUUGAGCAACAUCACGGAGUUUCUCAAGGGCUGCGCGGUGUUUCGCGUCGAGCCUUUUGAGGCUGGUGACCUUUUUCAUGGCCACAAUUUCAGCAGAGUGCUAACUACCCUUGUUGCCCUCAAUAAAGUGACUGCAGAUAUUGGCAUAGACAGCGACUCUGUAUGUACCCGUCACUCUUCUGCCCUCCGGAUCAAGUCCUUCGAAUCACUGGCCUCCCAGUCCUCGCUGGGCCGAUCUUCUAAAUUGCUCCAUAACCAGUUCCGCAGCCUUGUGAGUAACACUGGGGACAUGACGGAGAAUAGUAACACACAGUUAGUGGUUAAAGCUCGCUUCAACUUCCAGCAGACCAAUGAGGAUGAACUCUCUUUCAGCAAGGGUGACAUCAUUAGUGUUACUCGCACAGAAGAAGGGGGUUGGUGGGAGGGAUCCCUCAACGGCAAGACUGGCUGGUUUCCAAGUAAUUACGUCAGAGAGGUUAAAGGGUCUGACAAACAAGUGUCUCCUAAAUCUGGAACACUUAAAAGCCCUCCCAAAGGUUUUGAUAGCACAACCAUCAGUAAAACCUACUACAACCUGGUGCUACAGAACAUUUUAGAAACUGAAACGGAGUAUUCAAAGGAGCUCCAGAGCCUUUUGACCAACUACCUGAGACCUCUACAGAUGACAGAAAAACUGAACACCUCAGACGUAAGUGUCAUUCUCGGGAACCUGGAGGAAAUCAGCACUUUCCAGCAGACUUUGGUCCAGUCACUGGAGGACUGUACAAAGCUUCCAGAGCUGCAGCAGAAAGUGGGAGGGUUCUUCCUGAAUCUCAUGCCCCAGAUGAGGUCUCUUUAUGUGUCUUACUGCUCCAACCACCCGUCGGCAGUCAGUAUUCUCACCGAUCACAGCGAGGAGCUCGGGGAGUUCAUGGAGGGGAGGGGUGCAUCGACACCAGGCAUUCUCACACUGACCUCUGGCCUCAGCAAACCCUUCAUGAGACUGGACAAAUAUCCCACAUUACUAAAAGAACUGGAGAGACACAUGGAGGAGGGUCAUCUGGACAGGACAGAAAUUCAGAAAUGUAUGACGGCUUUCAAGAAUCUCUCUGCACAAUGUCAGGAGGUGCGGAAGCGCAAGGAGCUCGAGCUUCAGAUCCUGACCGAGACGAUUCGUCUGUGGGAGGGGGAGGACAUCAAGACUCUGGGUUCAGUGCUGUAUAUGAGCCAGGCCAUGGUCCAGAACCACGGCUGUGAGGAGAGGCAUGAACGUUACUUGCUGCUGUUUCCUCAUGUCUUGCUCAUCCUGUCUGCAAGUCCAAGGAUGAGUGGCUUUAUCUACCAGGGCAAGCUACCUUUGAGUGGGAUGACAGUGACCCCAUUAGAAGACUGUGAAAGUCACAAAAAUGCUUUUGAACUCUCGGGAAGCAUGUUCGAGAGGCUUCAGGUGAUCUGCUAUAACAAACAGGAUCUGCAGGACUGGCUCGAGCAUCUGAACCGACAGAUCAAGCACACCACUAUGGCUGCUCCCAGCAUGAAACCCCUCACUGUCCCCUGCCACACACUCCCGUCUCACCCUCUGACGCCGUCCAGACAUGGAGAAAGCCGGGGCUUGACAGUUGCUCCUGCAUACCACACCUUACCACACCCCUCCUCUCAUGGGACCCCUCACAGCACCAUGAUGUGGGGCCCCCUGGAGCCCCCCAAAACCCAGAAGCCUUGGAGCCUGAGCUGCUUGCGUCCAGCGCCCCCACUCAGGCCAUCAGCUGCUCUCUGCUAUAAAGAGGACCUCAGUAAAAGUCCCAAGACUAUGAAAAAGCUGCUGCCCAAGAGAAAGCCGGAGAGGAAGCCGUCCGAUGAGGAGUUUGCACUGAGGAAGAGUACUGUAGCUUUGGAGGAAGAUGCUCAGAUCCUGAAAGUGAUCGAGGCCUACUGCACGAGUGCCAAAACCAGACAGACUCUGAACUCAACCUGGCAAGGCACUGAUCUCAUGCAUAACCACGUUUUGGAUCAAUCCAGUGUGGACUCUCUGGGCCGCCGUAGCAGUAUCUCGAGGCCCGAGACCACCUCGGACCUCUCAGAGGACUCUGACUAUGACAGUAUAUGGACGGCCCACAGUUACAGGAUGGGCUCUGUUUCCCGUAAGAGCUCCUACAUCUCCCACCAAAAUUAAACUCCCCCUCACUCCUCUUAUUUCAAGUGACUUUAUAUUUAUUUGAAACUAUUUAUUUAUUUAAUGAUCUGUCACUGUAAUGCAUAUUUAUUUUAUUCAUUUUUAUUUAUUUUUUUAAUUUCUCAGUGUUGUAUUAAUCAUACGUCGUCAUCAUUUUCUACAUAUAUAUGCACUUUCCCAAAGCAGUUCCCUGUUGCCUUGACAUCUGAAUCCCCCGAAACCACCACCUCACUUAACUCAGUUUUUUUUUACUUUGUUUGCAUCACAUUUGGUAUUUAUGUAAGUGUCCUUUAAAAAAAAAACUGAUGUUUUCAUUCCCAGAUGUAUUUAAUUUUUAAUGCUGUUGAAGGUACAAUACACUCUGAAGGCAACAAGGACAUGUUCUGCUGUAAAAAACAAACAAAAAAAAAAAACUAAGUGUGUCUGUAAAUAUUAGAGCAUUGUCGUUCAUCUGAAAUAUGUGGUAUUAACUUGGACUUUUACUGAAUGUGAACAUUGGAUUGCCACUCUGCUGAAACGAGGAGUUGGGUCUUUUACCAGAGAGCUUAUUGAAUGAGAGAAAUUCAUAACUAUGGUUCUCAGAUGGCAUCAUGAACAGUAUUACUGGGGACGUCUGGCUCAUACUUAUGUGAUAUAAAUGUAUUUAUUUUCAAUUUGGAAAUGUAUUUUGAAUGAUUUUGGACUUUUUGUAUGCUUGUAUCUAACAUGUAAGUUUAUAGUGGUGUGUCUAUGGUGAAAAGUAUGGAAGUUUACAGAACAAAUGUUGGUUUAAAUUCUGUUAGAACCCAUUCAAAUCAGGUGUGAGGAUGGUAAUAGUCGAGUUCUGUGAGACUGUCAAAGCCUCAGUGUUUGAUGCUUUUCUUUUAUGUAUGACGUGUUUAUGAGAGAAACAAGAAAAUCUACUUGCUAGUUAUUUCAAUAAUGACAAAGAGUAUAAUUCAUCAUGUUUUGUGAUUUUUUGUGACCAAGUUCUAUUCUGUGGUUUAAAAAAAAACAAAAAACAAGAAGACAAUAUGAAUAUUUACUACCUUUUUGUCGGUCGUUUCAUUCAGAUAUACUUAAAACCAUUCAACAGAGAUACUUCAGUGAUGUUUAUGUGGUUUGAAAUUAAGACAUUAUUAAUGUGUGUUAAAUAUAUAUAUAUAUAUAUAUAUAUAUAUAUAUAUGCAGAUUCAAAUACAUGACAAAAUACCACAAACAUUGAAAUAUACAUUUUGAAUAAAUCUUGGGUUGUUUUUUACACCAUGUUUAUCCUUUAAAAAUGACAGCAAAACAAAGACGUUGUUUCCAUUUAUCUUGCAACAACAAGUAUUGUUUUUGUUUGAUUUUGCUUUAUUUUUAUAUAAGUGUAUAGCUUAUUUUCACUUGAUGGGUUUUGUUUUUGGGGUUGAUGAAAUUUUAGUUUUACCGCCCUUCAGGAAACCCUUGGUCCUCUGGUUUUUGAAUGCUUUUAGUUUUCUUGGAUGACCCCUCUCUGCAUGACUAACUCCUGUCUCACUCACGCACAGUCCUGUGUAAGUUUGAUCCAGUCCAAACUAUUUAUUUUGAGGCACAGUGGUCCUGUACUGACCUAAUCAAUGAGUCCAACUUAACCAAUCUUCCUGAAAUCAUUCUGCGGGGCUUCUCUUUU